AUGGUUUAUGCCAACCCUAGAGAGGAAGCCCGUGAAGAGCUUUGGAUGGAUAUUAAAAGAAUAAGUGGUAGCAUGGGGGGACCAUGGGCCAUGAUGAGGGACUUCAAUGAGAUAGCUUCCCCAAAAGAGAAAAUAGGGGGAGCCCCUGUGAACAUUGCAAGAUGCCAGAAGUUCUCCUACUUUCUUAAUGACUGCCACAUGCUGGAUCUGGGCUGUAGAGGCUCUAAAUUCACUUGGAGGGGACCCAAGUGGCUCCAUCUUGAUAGAGUCUUCAAGAGACUUGAUAGAAUAUGUUCAAAUGCAGCUUGGAGAACCACUUUUGGAGAUGCGGAUGUUAGAGCUUUACCUAGACUAAACUCGGACCGUUCAUCUGGAAACCACCAGACCAAGAUUAUCACUUGUCUGGAUAAUUUAAUUGAUCCCCUCAAGUCUUGGAACAAAAGAGUUUUUGGCUGCAUCCGAGUUAGGAAGGAUUACCUUCUUAAAAGAAUCCAAGAGACCCAUAAUAACAACACUAAUCAGCAAUAUCUUGCCCAAUCUGAUCUUGAAUUUGCUCUUCAGGAAGAGUUGAAUAGAGUUUUAGAACAAGAAGAAGCUCUUUGGUUUCAAAAGGCUAGAUGCAAGUGGAUUGAAGAUGGAGACCGUAACACUAGAUUCUAUCAUACAACUACCAUAAUAAGGAGAGCUAGAAACAAAAUUCUUGAGCUCAAGAAAGAAGAGGGUCAUUGGGUCAAAGAAGAAGACAGCUUGAACAUGAUCAUUCAUGAUUUCUUCACCAACCUUUUUAAGGAAGAAGACCAUUAUAGACCCUGGGAAAUAACCAACACUAGUUGGCCUGCCUUAGAAGAGACUGAGUUGACAGCCUUGAAGGAUCCAAUUUCAGAGUUGAAUAUCAAGGAAGCUUUCUUCUCCAUGAAUGCUCUCAAAGCUCCUGGACCGGAUGGUUUCCCAGCUUUUUUCUUCCAAAAAAACUGGGAAAUUAUGAGGAAGCAAGUGGUGGAUUGUGUGCAUCAGAUCUGGGAUAAGCCUGAAGAAGUGAAGGACCUUAACAAAACCUUCCUUGUUCUCAUUCCUAAGCUGGCCAAACCAGAAAAGAUCAACCAAUUUCUCCCGAUUGCUAUAUGUUCUGUUCUUUAUAAAGGUAUCAGCAAGUUAAUAAUGAGCAAGCUGAAACCCCUCCUCAACAAACUGAUCUCACCUCAACAAGUCAGUUUUGUUCCUCAAAGACAGAUCCAGGAUAACAUAAUCAUUGCCCAAGAGAUGGUUCACUCCAUGAAUAGAAUGAAGGGGAAAAUGGGCUUCUUUACAAUCAAAAUUGAUUUAGAGAAAGCCUAUGAUAAGAUGUCCUGGAAGUUUAUCUACAAAGUGCUGUCCGAGAUAAACAUCCCAGAGUCCCUGGUGAAUAUCAUUAUGCAGUGCAUCACAUCAACAGAGCUAGAAAUCCUCUGGAAUGGAUCCAAGGCUGGCAGCAUCCUCCCUAGCAGAGGCUUGAGGCAAGGAGAUCCAAUAUCUCCUUACAUUUUCGUGCUUUGUAUGGAGAAACUUACCCAUUUGAUUUCUGAUGCAAUAGCAAGAAAAGAGUGGAAACCAAUGGCAGCUGGUAGAGGAGGACCAACCAUAUCUCAUCUUCUUUUUGCCGACGAUUUGUUACUCUUUGGAGAAGCCAACAUUGAUCAAGUCAAGUCUAUAAUGAAUUGCCUCACAAAGUUUGGGAAUAUGUCUGGUCAGAAAGUGAGUUAUCCAAAAUCCAAUAUCUUCUUCUCCAAAAAUGUCCCAAUAGAUGUUGCUAAUGCAAUAGUGAAGAUUAGUGGUUUUGCUCAAACAAAAAAUUUGGGUAGAUACCUGGGCUACAGAAUGAAACAUGGCAGGACUAGUAAACUUCACUAUGGAGAGAUCAUGGACAGGGUUAACAAUAGACUCAAUGGCUGGAAAAAGCAGUGCUUAUCCAUGGCAGGUAGAGUGACUUUGGUUAAAUCGGUCAUCUCUACUAUCCCAAUGUUUCACAUGCAAAACAGCUUAUUACCUGUGGGUAUUUGUGAAGAAAUCGAAAAGAAGCAAAGGAAUUUCAUCUGGGGUGAUACUGAUGAACAAAGGAAGCAUCAUGCAAUCGGAUGGGAACAACUUCAACUACCAAAAAAUCAAGGUGGUUUAGGUAUUCUCAACCUUCGAAGCCAGAAUGAAGCAUUUAUUCAAAAGUGUGCUUGGCAUAUGGUCCAAUUCCCAUCUCAGCUUUGGGUCCAGGUCUUGUUAUCCAAAUAUGGCAGGAAAAAAGACAUUCUAAAGGAGGUGGUCAGUAAACCUUAUGAUUCUCACUUGUGGAAGAGCCUUUGUAAGAUCUGGCCUCAAAUGAUAAGCAAUACUUCUUGGCAAAUUGGCAAUGGAAUGAAGAUUGAUUUUUGGAAAGACAAUUGGACUAGACACAGCCCAAACCUCCUGGCUCACUCUCAUACCCUUCCAUCUCAAGAGGACUUGGAGUUAAAGAUCAAUAAUAGCAUUUUCCUAUCAGAAGGGGGCUGGAAUGUGCAAUAUCUAGUGAACCAUUUUGACCUUAAUGUGGUGAACAAAAUUCUUGCAAUCCCCCAUCCUGAUGAGGAAGCCGAAGAGGACAGCCUAGCUUGGAGCAACUGGAAUCCUGGGCAAUCUAUUGUCAAGCUGGCUUAUAACAACCUGUUAUGUUCAAAUAAUCCUUUUCCCUUUGACUGCUGGGACCGAAUCUGGAAGUGGAAAGGCAAGGAAAGAGUCAAGCUGUUCAUAUGGAAAAUGCUUCAUGGUAGAAUCCUAACAAGGGAAUCAAUUUCAAAGUGGAGUGGAACUUCCAACAAGUGCCCUUUUUGCCCUGAAAUGAUUGAAGAUUGUCUCCAUGUAUUUAGAGACUGCUGGAAGGCAAGAAAGAUCUGGCUAUUACCCAUGCUGCACCCUCUUCCAAUGGGUUUUCUUACUGAAAACUCUUUUAAGGAAUGGAUGAUUCUCAAUCUCAACUCAACCACCAGCAAGCUUAAGGAAUGGAGAGAUUUUUUCUUCACCAUUUGCUACUAUCUGUGGUUUUGGAGAAACAAGGAAAUUCAUGAAGAAGAGUUCAAAAGACCUCAGGACCCUUCAAAGACUAUUGCUGCUGAAAUUGAGGAAAACAGGUACUGUUGGGCCAAGUUCACAAAAACCUUUACAGGUAACUCACAUUCUCAUCUCCCUGCAUGGUGGAACAGACCAGAGGAGGAUUUUCUGAAGUUAAAUGUGGAUGGGGCUGUGCAAGGCAAUCGGGCAGCAUGUGGAGGUCUCUUGAGGGAUAAGAAUGGUCUAUGGACUGGCGGCUUCUCAGCCUUCAUUGGCUCCUGCAUACCCCUGCAUGCUGAACUUUGGGCUCUCCUUAAAGGACUAGAUUUCGCUUGGAAGCAUGGCUGGCGGAAACUAGUCUUGGAAACUGAUUCUUCUCAGGCUUUUAGCCUUCUUACCAAUCAUGGUAAUGACACUCGAAAGCUGCCUUUGGUAGCUAAGAUUCGAGUCUUUUUACAGAAAGAGUGGACUGUUCUACUGAAUAAAAUUCCUAGGAGUAGCAACACUUGUGCGGAUUGGAUUGCGAAGAAGGCUUUGGAGGAUUCUUUUGGUCUCAACUCAAUCACCUCCCCUCAUAGUGAUCUGUUAAAUCUCCUUGCUACUGAUCUUUUGGAUCCGGGGCUGAACUUGGACACAGUUAGGAGAAUAAUAGGAUAA